AUGAGACGCUGGUUGGAACUGCUGGUGAGUCUCGGGCUCGCGCUUUUAGCGUGUUCCCGAUGCGUGCAGGCGCUUGUCAGGCUGAACUCCGUCAGCACGGACGGUGACGCGCUGCCAAUGAACAAGAGCGCGUGGGAGCCGAGAGCGGACCUGACGAUCUACCAGUGCAUGAGUGACCUGGAGUGCAGAGAGGGGAACUACUGCCACACUUCCUCAAGAGGCCCCGCCCUCUCCCGCUGCAAGACCUGCCGGAAAAGGAAGAGAAGCUGCCUCAGGGACACAAUGUGUUGCCCCACCAACCACUGCAGCAACAAUAUUUGUGUUCCUGAUGUGGACGGCUUUGUGUCUGAGAGGAGCCCAAACACUGAUGGAGAUCUAAGUCCACUUCUCAAAAAGAAAGGAGGGAGGAAGAAAGCAAUGAAGGAGGCCAAAAAAUCUUCUGGUAGAGGUCAGGUGGGGGACCCUUGCUUGCGCUCAUCAGACUGUUUGGAUGGGUUCUGCUGCGCCCGUCACUUCUGGACUCGCAUCUGCAAGCACGUGCUACAUGAGGGACAGGUUUGCACGCGACACCGACACAAGGGGAACCACGGUCUGGAGCUUUUCCAGCGCUGUCCCUGUGGGGUUGGACUCAUCUGCCGGACACUGCGAGAACCCAGCACCCAGCUUCCAUCAUCAUCGUCUUCAUUAAUAGCUGCAGCAUCAGAGUCCAACUUCUCAGCAACCUCAUCUCAAGACUACUCAGUACUGUCUUUAGGCUCUUCAUCAUCAAAAGUGGCAAAGACAAGGCUUCACGUAUGUCAGAGAUCUAAAUGA